CACUGCUUAUUUUCUCUGUCAGCCGGAAAAAAACCGUUUUUAACCUUAAGCAAGAAUGAGGAUUCUUCAUCUUGUAAUUUUUUGCUGCAUCUUGGGUGUGUGUGCUGCUUCAGGAGUGCUGGAGGUGAGCGGCCAUGUUGGAGGAGAAGUCUCCAUCCUCUGUUCUGACACCACCACCAACAGCUCGGAACUCUCCAACAUGUACUUCUGCAAAGGAGACUGCGCCAGAGAAAACAUCCUGAUUCAAACUGAGAAGAAGAGUUUGGCUAUCACGCGACGAGGACGAUACAGCAUGGAGGUCAGCAGAGGGGAUGGAGCCUUCAACGUGACCAUAAAGAGGCUGGAGAGGGCCGACACAGGGACAUAUCAAUGCAGACUGGGGGAAACGUAUAGAGUGUUGCACCAGGAGGUCAAUCUCAAAGUCGAAGAUGCCUCCACUGUUCCAAUCGGACCCCCUCCCUCCACCACCACCCCCUCUCUGCAGACUGAAGCACAAGCUCUGCCCCAAGGCAGCUCUGCAUCCAGCACUGAAGCAUCAAUGCUGCCGACUACAGAGACAAACCAGCCAGCAGCCACCAAACUAAAAGAUGCCACAGUGGUCAUCAUUGUUUCGGUGACCCUGGCUCUUCUGGUUUGUUCCAUUAUACCUCUUAUAUUCUACGGACACUGCCGGAAUAAUGCGGAAGGUCUAAACAAGAGUGAGUCUGAUUACUGCGAGGAAAAUACAGAUGGUGCUUCUCCUCACUCUGCAGUGAGGCUGCAGGCUCUAGAAGCAGGUGCUGAUCCAGAGUCUAGUAUUCCCGACGCCUCGCAGUACGCUGCUGUCUAUCAGGCACUGGAUCCAAAAACUAUGGACUGAGCAGGAUUUAUUCCUUUGAGCUGACAGCUAAACUCAACCUGUUCUCUGUAUGUUACAUUAAAUAAAGGACAAGUGUUUAACUAUA